AGUUCUGAAAUGACCCUUAGAAUUUUUAUUGCAGCCAAUUAUCACGUUAUGUUCAUACCAUAGGUUUCAUACUCGUUAAAUUUUCGCAAAAAGUAUCUGAAACUUUUGGGAUUGCUGAUCUUUUUCAAAAUCACACAGAUGAAAAAACAGUGUCUGCUUUCACUAAAACCACUCAAACAUUUUUAGGUUUUCAUAUUUUAAUGAGGAUAGCAUGCAAACAAUGACAUAAGGGGGGGAAAUAAGUAAGUGAACCCUCUACCUAAGGAGACUUAAAGAGCAACUGAAACCAAUUUUUACUAAAAAAAUUAAAUCAGGUGUGUGCCCAAUCACUGAUGAGUGGUUUAAAGAUGCCCUGCCCACUAUAAAACACACACCUGGUAAGAAUUGUCUUGAUGAGACAAGCAUUGUCUGAUGUGCAUCAUGGCUCGGUUAAAAAAGCUGUCCGAACACCUGCGAUCAAGGAUUGUUGAUUUGUACAAAUCUGGUAAAGAAUACAAAACCAUCUUUAUAAGUCUGGAUGACAAGUUGUCUCCAAAUGGUGUUUGGCACUGUUGCUUCUCUCCCAAGGAGUGGCCGUCCACCAAAGAUGACAUCAAGAGUUCAGCGCAGAAUACUCAGAGAAGUAAAAAAAGAACCCUACAGUGUCUUCUAAGGACUUACAGAAAUCACUGGCACAGUCCAAUAUCUCUGUGCACAUAUUAAAUAUAUGUAUAAAAAUGGCAAAGAAUGGUGUUCAUGGGAGGACUCCACAGAUGAAGCCACUGCUGUCUAAAACAACAUUAUUGCCCAUUUAAUGUUCGCAAAAAGGCACUUGGCAAAAUAUUUUGUGGACUGAUAAAAUCAAAGUUUUAAUUGUUUGGCAGUAACACACAACGUCAUGUGUGGAGGAAAAAUGGGACAGCUCACCAACAUCAACACCUCAUCCCCACUGUGAAGCAUGGUGGAGAGAGCGUCAUGAUUUGGGGCUGUUUUGCUGUCUCAGGGCCUGGACAACUUGCAAUCAUUAAUGUAAGAAUGAAUUCAAAAGUUUAUUAGGAUGUUUUGCUGGAAAACCUGAGGCCAUCUGUCAGACAGUUGAGGCUAGACAGAAGUAUAUCAACUUCAGAAUGGGAACAAAAUAAAUGUUCUAGAGUGGCCAAGUCAAAGUCCGGACUUGAACCCCACUGAGAUGCUGUGGCAUGACCUAAAGACAGUGAUUCAUGCCAGACAUCCCAGGAAUCUGACUGAAUUACAGCAGUUUUGUAGAGAAGAAUGGGCGAAGAUUAGUCCUGAUUGAUUUUCCAAACUGAUCUGCAACUACAGCAAGCGUCUGUUUGAAGUUAUUGCUGCCGGGGGGGGGGCACAAAAUAUUAAAUGUGAUGGUUCACUUAUUUUUCCCUUUUCUGUCAUUGUUUGCAUACUAUCCUCAUUAAAAUAUGAAAACGUAUUAAUUUGUAGGUGGUUUUAGUUCAAGCAGACAGAGUUUUUUCAUCUGUGUAAUUUUGACAAAGGUCAGAUCACAUAUGAUGGUACUUUUAUGCAGAAAUGUGAGUAAUUUCAAAAGGUUCAGAUAUUUUUUCAUACCACUGUAAAAUUUUCUCUCCCUUUUGAAAUUGGAUUUCAGUUUCUCUCACCUCCUCCGGUGACUUUCUCUUUCUUGAGUGGUCUUUUUUCCCCCCGGUGCUUGGCCAGGUGCUGGGGGUUUCAGAAGCGUGUCGUCUUGUGGUAUAAUGCUAGGUGGGUACUGAGAUACUGACAAUCAAACAGCAGCAGUAAUCAGGACCCCCGGCCCAGUGGUUGGAGCAUUCUGGUGACCCUGACGGUUUUAAAAGGCCCACUUAUAUUGUCGACCCCUGAAUCUGUGCCUCAAUCAAACACACACAUGUGAACUUUGAUGUUUAAAAUUCGCAGCAAAUAAAAACAAAAAUGUCAAACUUAAAGCUGGAAUGAAGGGGAAAAUUUGGCGCAUUUCCACACUUGUUUGAUACACUAUUUUACCAGCAUUCCUCAAUCCGCUUCUCAUCUCUGUUUGUCCAUGUUAUCGCAAGUACGUGACCCAAAGAUAAUUUCUGUGUAUGGCGACCAGUGUCUGAGUGUGUCGAGGAGUCAGUGUGACAAAUUAUUUGCAUUUUCACACAUUUGCUACGGGGGAGGGAAGAAAAGAGAAGUUUGUCUCACAAGAUGACCAGCACUUGAGUCAAGUUGAGCCGACUUCAGCUGCCGCAGGACAUAUUCUCAUUCAAACUCACCACCUGUAUUGAAUAGAAAAGGUCAGUUUGACAUAAUUUUCUUCAAACUUUGAGAAGUACUUGCUCUAAUUUGUCUUUUAUUCUCAUCUAAAAUCAUCUGACAUACAGUAGCUCAUUUUUUAAACAAAUUUUAUUUGUAAAAUGUGUUUCUAUGUGCUUUUGGGGGGAAGAAAAGCUGCCAUAAAUGUGUUUCUACGUGCUUUUGGGGGAAAGAAAAGCUGCAAAAUGUUGCAAAAAAUUUAACUAAAUAACUUAAGACAGACGCCACGUUUCUAAAUGUAUGUUGAAAUACUUAAACUGACCUUUGAGAGGCAGCACGACAACAUGCAGACUCCGAAGACGCAAAAAGAAGAAAAUACGGAAGAAGCUAGGCUAAUGAUUAGCAUGUCCGGCAACAACGUUCGUUGCGGUUAUAAACACUUCCACUGCGGUUUUCUAGGGAUAAUUAACUAAUCAUUAACUUUAUAAAUCACCACAUUGUACGGGAAAUUGCUUACAGUUGGUUACAAAGUUGACUUUGUCGCAAAAAUGAACUCGUUUUCGAACAGUUGUUAGGCGCACAGUUGAUGACGUCACCACUGGCGCGUAAACACAACAAAGCGUUUUGAGAUUUACUUUUUACACACGUUUUUGUUCAUUAAAAACCGUAACAAAUAAAUGAAUAAUAUUUAAAAAUAUAAAAUUUACAUUUUUUCUUAUUUUUAAUUUACAAAUAAAUUACUAAAUGAAAAUUUAAACAACGAAUUUUCAACAUAUUAACACUUCCGCUUCGCUUUUAUUUUUAAAUGCCUUUCCGGAUUCAUUCUACCUUCUUCACGCCGCCCUCACAGCCGCAGAGGAGGAGAAUCUAGCCGUUGGAUGUUGAUGAUGGCUCUCUCUGGGCUGUUGCUGCUGGAGUUGCUGCUGUACGCCAGUUGCUUUAUCUGCGGGAUUAUCACCGCCGCGUCCCUCACCAUCUUCCAGGGUAAUUUUGGAGGUUUGUGCAUGCUCUACGGACUUGUGAACUUCAACGCCACAGCAAGCGCCCUCGCCAUUCAGGCGCCAAGCUCCGCCUCCCUGUGCUACUUCGUGUCGGCUAUAUCCGUCACGGUAGCCGUGGUGUGCUUCUCCCUAUCCCUGUACUGGUUGUACUCCGUGUGCGUGGAAGGCGACUUUAACAGGGAACGCGUCUGGAUGAACUUGGUGGUGUUCAUGUGCGGCGUCUUCCUCUUCUUCCUGCUCAUCUCGGGCUGCGUUCUGAAAAUCGGGCGAGAUACGCUUUGCGACUCGGUCAUGCGCAGCGUCUCCAACAUCAGCAGCUGCGAGGAGGCCCAGACGAAGAAAUGGGUUAGCCCAAUCAAAGGAGAGAUGUUCUACAGCAACCUACGAAAAGCAGAGACGGCCGCGUGGGUCAACUUCUUCUUCUGGCUGCUCAUCGGCUUGCUGGUCGUCAUUCAGAAGCGACAGCCUUCAGGGUCAAAGGUCCUCACGGGAGGUCUGAGCGGGCCGGUCGGCGGGCUCUUCGGGGACCCGGGGGUGACGGCCGCCGAGACGGAACCCUUUUUCAACCGUCCCGGAAGGCCUCAGUGACACCUUACGCAGACGUCAAUUUUUGUACUGAAUCUGUUUGUAUGCACUAAAUAACAUAACUUCUGUUGCAAGUGUUUGGUUCUUAAUAUAUUUUGUAUUUAAUGAGUUUUGACAUCAUGACGGUUAACUCGUUUGCUGCCAUUGGCAAGGUUAGACAUUAAAUUGAUUUAAACUGGGAAUGCUGGUACAUAGACUUCACCAUCAGUUGAAUAGACAGCUCCUACAGACAUUGUGUAUUAAUGCUGCGUUCCAACGCCGGAUUUAGGUGGAAACAGGACGGAAGUUUUAGUGCAUACAAGCAGGCAGAAGUAUCUCAAGAGUGAUUUGGUCCAGGAUUCAAGGUCAUUAUUACAUAAAAUAGCCCCAUACAUGCACUUAGAAACGUUGUGAAAAAAACUAGCGAAUUUUUAGCUCAAAAUAUUUCCGUAAAAUGAAUAGCUUUCUGUUUUUUUGCUUUAAACCGAGAAUCUAGACUGCUCUAUGUUCAUAUAGUGGUAUGAAAACGUAUCUGAAACUUUUGGAAAUUCUCACAUUUCUGCACAAAAUCAAAUGGGAGCUAAUCUUUGUCAAAAUCACACAGAUGAAAAAACUGUCUGCUUUAACUAAAACCACCCAUGAAUUUAUAGGUUUUCAUAUUUUAAUGAGGAUAGUAUACAAACAAUGACAGAAGGCGGGAAAAUAAGUAAGUGAACCAUCAGAUUUAAUAUUUUAAGAAAUGAUAGAAAUUCCAAAAGGUUAAAAUAGUUUUUCAUACCACUGUAUCUAUAGAAAUUCCGGCAUGUACGCAUUUAUUUACAAGAACUUUCAACUUAAUAAGCUCUUUGUUUUGUGAUGGUCGCCAUGUUGGAUCCAUACACAGUAGCGUAACUUUACAUUCAAAUGAUCAGAAAAUAUUCGGCCAACUGCUGAUUUAAACUGCUCAUUUUGGGGCAAAAAAGUAGUAAUUUAGACAUUUCUGCGUCCAUACAAAAAAAAAAAAAAUCACCUUUUUACAUUUUUAAAUUUAUGUUGCAUUUCAAUCUAAAAACGACGAGGUCCAGAUAGCCUGCAAGACGUACCUUCAUGCUGAGGCAAUAGUGACAUUGGAAUUCAACCUAAAUAAAUUGUCUGCUAUGUUGGUUUACACAAUACCGUAAUUUGGCUUGAAAUAUUCACGUAAAGUGAGCGAUAACUGCCCGUUUUUUUGCUUUAACCAAGAAUCUAGACAGUUUUACAUUCAUAUCUAUAGAAAUCCCGCGAUUUAAGCAUUUAUUUGCGUGAUCAACUGAUAGUGAAGUCUAUGGCUAGCAAUAUUUUUUCGUGUUGUAAAUGGUAAUUUGACCAAAUUACUGUGUGAUCAAUGUAAAAACAGUUCAUUUUUAAACCAAAUCUAGUUCGUCUAUUGCUGUCAAUGGCAGUCAACGAGUUAAAUGUUAAAUGUACAUGUUUUGAAUGUUAUUUUUAACUACAUUGAAUAAAUAUUCCACUCACAACGCAUUUUACAGGUAUUAUCAGUAGUCAUUGCCUGGAACUCCAGACUCACAGCAGUCAGGCCGGAUGGAAAACUAAAUAUCGCCCUCUUGUGGGUAAAGUAAAAACUACAGGUGUCAAUGGCGAACAA